GUAAACAAAGCGGGGAGCUACAACCAGGGCUAAAGCUAGCUAGCUGCUGUUACGUGAGUAAAACAGCUAAUGUGGGCUGCUUCAGAUUAGCUGAGAAAUCAACAACUCCAACACACUGCUGAGUUUCAGCGUAUGUGUGUGUCAGAGUAGACUCAGUCACUGGAAUUAAACGCGGUGACACGACACCGUUACAGCUAGCCACGUUAGCUUCAGCUAGCCACCGUUACAGCUAGCCUCAUCUAACGGGACGGGGGACUCCGUGUUCCUGGAAGUUGCCCGUCGCCCAGAAUCACGUUUAUCGACACCACACAUGGCGACGGGCGUUUGAUUCUCCCCCCGCUGCCCAUGUCCACCCCCGUGGAAGAUGUCAACCAUCGAUGCCAACACGGGUUAGCUCGCCAUGUAGCUAAUUGAGGGUUUCCAAGAGUUGGAUCGAUCGAGGUGUGACCGGGUCCCGGCCGAGGGGACGCCCGACCGCAGGCACCUGGAGUCGGCCUGACAUGUUCAGCCUCAUGGCGAACUGCUGCAACUGGCUAAAGCGCUGGCGAGAGCCGGCCAGGAAAGUGACUCUGGUGAUGGUGGGACUGGAUAAUGCAGGGAAGACGGCCACAGUGCGAGGGAUCCAAGGAGAAAAUCCUCAGGAUGUGGCUCCAACUGUAGGUUUUUCCAAGGUCGACCUGAAGCAGGGCAAGUUCGAGGUGACCAUCUUCGACCUGGGCGGCGGGAAGAGAAUCCGGGGCAUCUGGAAGAACUACUACUCCGAGUCGUACGGCGUGGUGUUCGUGGUCGACUCCAGCGACGUCCAGCGGAUCCAGGAGACGCGGGAGACCAUGGCCGAGGUCCUUCAACACCCCCGCAUCGCAGGCAAACCUGUGCUAGUCCUCGCCAACAAACAGGACCGGGACGGAGCGCUGGCUGAAGCCGACAUCAUCGAGAACCUGUCGUUAGAGAAGCUUGUCAACGAGAACAAGUGUCUCUGUCAGAUCGAGCCGUGCUCUGCAGUCCUGGGUUACGGCAAUAAGAUGGACAAGUCCAUCAAGAAGGGCCUGAACUGGCUCCUCAGCAACAUCGCCAAAGACUAUGAGGCGAUCACGGAGCGCGUGCAGAAGGACACGGCCGAGCAGCGAGCGCAGGAGGAGCAGGACAAGAAGGAGCGGGCGGAGAGGGUGCGGCGGAUACGAGAAGCAAGAGAACGAGAGGAGCUAGAAGAGGCCGAGCGAGAAGGUCGGCCGAUCCAAGAGGAGCUUGAUGAGGAAAAUGUUCCCAGCCCCUUCCAGCCAAUCGACAACGUCAUCACUGAGAACGAGGACAAAGAAAAGGAGAGGAGGCGGCAGAAGGAGCUGCAGGAGGGCAGGAGUAAAAGCCCGAAGGCGGAUGGUGAUCAAGGAGAGGAGGAGUGUGAGGAAGGCGAGGAGGAGGAGCCAGAGGAUUCAAGACGAGCGUCGGAAAGCGCAAGUUCAGCCACAACAGGCGAGCAAAGCAAGAAGAGGAAGCUGUUCCUGAAGAGGAAGCACCGCGUGGACCCCCUGCGGACGGAGGACGGGCCUGCGGAGAGCCUCGCCCCCCCGGCGCCACCUGUGGGAUGGGCCACACCCAAAGCGUCUAGGCUGCCAAAACUAGAGCCGCUGGGGGACUCGAAGCAUUCCGACUUUUUCAAGAAGCCUCUCCCGCCGGUCGCGAACAGGCCGCAGCCUAACGGUGACGCUCAUGACAUCGUGUUCUAGCCUCUUUUCGCUGAGGUUCAAAUCACUGCUCUCCCCUUUUUUCUUGCUUUCUGUCUCAAGCGAGCAGCGGCUAGUCGGCCCCGGACGCACCGGACGACUCGACGCCGGAGCCGGUGGACGCGCGGCCGACGCUGAGCGCAGCAGCGUCCCGGGAGGCAACGUCCUGCUCAGAGGCCGAAAGUUCGGUUUCACGGACUGACACAGCUUCAUGUGAAACGUGGAACCCCGUCUGAACUGAUAUUUGUCGGGUUCCGAGUCUGAUCAGCAGAAGCACUUUUGCUGCGGAGAUGUCCCCACAACCGUUAGAGUGAAACUUUAUUUUGUAUCGAUAAUAUCAGUGUUAGACAGCGUUGGACUCUGUGUGUCCAACUGAGAUGCUUUUAAUUGACAAAGAAUGUAAAUAUGUUUAUUAUUAUUUCAUCCAUUUAUUUUUGCAUUUUCCGUGUUGUAAUGUGCGUACGAUGUUGUGGAUGUCGGUCAAAAAGCAAAAAGGUUUUAAGUGCUUUUAAUUCGAUCUUUUAAAAAAUUACAAAUAGUUCCCUGUUAUUUAACAGAGGAUGGAAACGAGAAUGAACUGUAAAAUCGGAACAUUGGAAACGUGUUACACUACAUCAUGAACUGGUCAGUUUUAGUAAUGAAUGUCUCCACAUUUCAAUUGAUGAUUGUAAAGUUUUUACGGCCAUCGAACAGAAAAAAACUCUAAUAAGGGAAACGUUACACUACUCAGCAGCAUCGUAAAGCAGCAUAUCUUUUUAUUUAUUGUUAGGAAUGUCAACACGUAAAUAUAUAUUUGUCUACAGGGCUACAGAUUGUUUCAUGCAUUCUGCUGUUCACACUGUGUACCUGCUUUUAAAGUGAUAUUUCUCCCGAGGCAGGAGUCAGCCUCAGAGGCGGCCCCGAGGAGGGAGCCGGCGCCGCUGCCGACUCGCUUUGAGAGUAGCAGGGAAAUAGCUAAAAUCAGGAAAAACAACAAAUCUGGAAG